AUUUAUAGUCGGCUCUUUCCUUUCCUCUCUCGGUUGAUUGUUAUAUAGCUUAUUUCCUCAUUUCUGGUUAUCUCUCUAUCCAUUUUGAUCGCGUUAACACACAUACAUCCAGAAAUAUAUAUAUCGAGAGAGAGAAAGAGAGAGCGAGUUGAAUUGAAUUGAAUUGUUGGCGGAAAAGGGUUUGAAGAUUGGGGGUGGUGGGUGGGACAAAGAUGCGAGGACGAUGUGGAAGGAGAUCGGUGAUAGAGAAUUCGGCAAGCUCAGACCUAAUUUGUUCACCAAUCGCAUUAGAUCCACUCGACUCUCCUCUCUCCAACUCUCCAACUACAAAGAUAUCGUCUCUCCUCACCGAGGCUCCGUCAACUCUCUUCAGGUUGAUUUGACAGAGGGUCGAUAUUUGCUAUCCGGUGCAUCUGACGCAUCAGUUGCUAUCUAUGAUGUUCAACGUGCAACCAAUUAUGAGGGAGGUGGUUUGCUUGCAAAGCAUAAGUCCAUAAUUAAUAUCGACAAACAACAUGACCAUGGACAUAAAUAUGCCAUAUCCUCAGCCAUAUGGUAUCCCAUUGACACGGGUUUGUUCAUCACAGGUUCAUAUGACCAUCACAUCAAUGUCUGGGAUACAAAUACUACACAGGUUGUAGUGAAUUUUAAAAUGCCUGGAAAGGUUUAUAGGACUGCUAUGUCGUCAUUGGCAACAUCCCACAUGCUAAUUGCUGCUGGAACUGAAGAUGUUCAAGUGCGCCUCUGUGAUAUUGCUUCAGGGGCAUUUGCUCAUACAUUGUCUGGUCAUCGUGAUGGUGUAAUGACAGCAGAGUGGUCUACUUCUAAUGAGUGGGUUUUGAUAACUGGAGGAUGCGAUGGUGCAAUACGUUUUUGGGACAUCAGACGUGCCGGAUGUUUUCGUGUUUUAAAUCAGUCACACUCUCAGCUAGGAAGACGUCCGCCACUUCUAGAACGUGCUGCCAUGAAUAAGGUUUCAUCUUCAAAAUCCUCGUCAACAGGCCAGAGCUCAUCUGUAAAAGCGCGUGCACCGCAGCGGAAAAUGGCUCAUGGGAAUGGUUCAAAGCAGUCUGCUGUCAGUAAAAUUCCCAGUCAAGUCAAAAGUUCUGCAAGGCAGAGAUUACAUCCAGGGAUGUUAUCUAGUCAGGAUCAUGCCACUGCUCAUUAUGGAGCUGUUAUUGGAUUAAAAGUAACUGAAGAUGGCAUGUAUCUUCUGAGUGCAGGUUCUGAUUCAAGGUUAAGGUUGUGGGACAUUGAAUCUGGCUGCAACACGCUGGUGAACUUUGAAACUGUUCGCCUACAAACAGGCAAGGCUAUCCAGUUAGCCACAACUCAAGAUUCAGCCCUUGUCUUUGUUCCAUGUAUGACAUCUGUCAAAGUAUUUGAUGUGUGGUCAGGAAAGACAGUUCUGUCAUUUCGUGGUCACUAUGAACAUGUGAACUGUUGCUGGUAUAGCUUGCAGGACCAGGAAUUAUACACUGGUGGUAACGACAGGAAAAUUCUAGUUUGGUCUCCAACCAAAUUUGUUUCUGAUGAACUGGAUGAAUGGAUCAAGAGAGGGAAGGCUUCUGCUCUGGAUCAGGAUAACUGGAGUGAUUGACAUUUAUUGCUGCCACUGUGUUUCAGAUUUCCAGGUCAUCUAUGAAUUUCCAUGUUUGUACAUAGGAUUAUUCAUCAUCAGUUGCUAGUGUUGUUUUAUUGUUUUUGUUUUUGGGUUGUUGCUUUUGAUUUGGGAUGCAAACAAUAGGUUUAACCAGAGUAGUAUGCUAUAGCUCUUCCAUAAAAGCGAUUUUGUUUUGUUUUUUAAGUGGUUAUGUUCAGUUACCAAAAGAAACAAAAAGAAACAAAUGAUUAUAUUUGUGAAUUUGUAUUUAACCAAGAAAAUAGGAAACUAUUACAUAAUAAAAACAUAAUGUUAUGUUUA